AUGGACGUCGAGGAGUCUCCGUGGGCCGACUCGAGCCAGGCCGCCAGCGCCUCACAGGGCGACGCUCUCGGCUCCCCACCAGGGUCAUCGGCGACGGCGGCGACCGCCAGCACCUCGUCACCGGCGGCAGGGCGCCCCUCGCGCGGUCCUCGCCGCCUCGUCGCCCAACCCACGCGUCUCGAGGCCGUCGAGGACCCCCUCGGCCCGCUGAGCGCCUCCCAUGACGACGAUGCCGGGCCCGCCGAGGUGACGCCCCCGGUCCCGCCACAAAAGGAGCAGCUGGUGAUGCGCACGACGAUGCCGCCGCAGCAGGCCCAGCCCCGACGCCCGGCCGAUCCUCACCGCAUCGACGACGACCACAUGGAUACCGGAUUCCGAGGCCCCCGCGCGCCGCCGCCCGUCGACGCCGCCCUGCCUAGCAGCAACCAGAGCAGCCAGCAGCCUAGCGUCAGCGUGGAGCAGGCCGCCAAGCCGACUUUUCACAUCAGCGUCGGAGAUCCAGUCAAGAUUGGUGACCUUACGAGCUCUCAUAUUGUCUACUCUGUGCGGACAAAGGUGGGGGAUCCCGCCUAUAAGCAACCCGAAUUCGAAGUGAAGCGCAGGUAUCGCGAUUUCCUCUGGCUGUACAACUCGCUACACACGAACAACCCCGGCUACGUGGUUCCGCCGCCCCCCGACAAGCAGGCCGUCGGUCGCUUCGACAGCAACUUUGUCGAAGCCAGACGCGCGGCUCUGGAGAAGAUGCUAAACAAGAUUGCUGCGCACCCGACCCUUCAACAUGAUGGCGAUGUCAAGAUAUUCCUGGAAAGCGAAGCCUUUAAUGUGGACGUGAAGCAAAAGGAGCGCCGUGACCCGCUGCCAUCGGAGAGCAAGGGCGUGCUGGGCUCGCUCGGCAUCAAUGUCGGCGGCGGCAGCAAGUUUGUGGAACAAGACGACUGGUUCCACGAACGCAAGAUAUACUUGGAUGCGCUGGAGACGCAGCUGCGCGGGCUGCUCAAGGCGAUGGAGACCAUGGUUGGACAGCGCAAAAUGAUGGCCGAGGCCGCUGGCGAGUUUUCUGCUUCUCUGCACGCCCUGUCGACUGUGGAGCUGUCGCAGUCGCUGUCGCAGCCUCUGGAUGCCCUCUCGGACUUGCAGCUGACCAUCCGCGACGUCUAUGAUCGCCAGGCGCAGCAGGACGUGCUUACCUUUGGCAUCACGAUUGAAGAGUACAUUCGGCUGAUUGGCUCGGUCAAGCAGGCAUUCGGCCAGCGCCAAAAGGGCUUCUACGCGUGGCACUCGGCCGAGUCGGAGCUACAGAAGAAAAAGGCGACGCAGGACAAGCUGCUGCGCCAGGGCAAGAGUCAGCAGGACCGCCUUAACCAGAUGAAUGUCGAAGUGGCCGAGGCGGAGAAGAAGGUGCACCAGGCACGGCUCUUAUUCGAAGACAUGGGCCGCUGCAUGCGCGGCGAGCUGGACCGCUUUGAGCGCGAAAAGGUGGAAGACUUCAAGAGCGGUGUCGAGACCUUUUUGGAGAGUGCAGUGGAAGCACAAAAAGAGCUGAUUGAGAAGUGGGAGACGUUUCUGAUGCAGCUCGACGCCGAAGAUGACGCAUCAGCAUUCUACAAGCCCCCGGUAUACCAUGCCGCGAACAAGGGCACGGGCAACACGGCCAUUGACCGCGCGAGGGCGAGAAUGGAUGAAGAUUCUGACUAA